AUGGCUCUUUUAAGAAAUCAAUAUCUUCACAGGUCUAGAGAUAUCGUUGAGAUGAACUUGAUUGAAUGUCACCACCACUUUAGAAUGGAGGAACCAAAUGAAAUGAUAGUUCCUUACUUGGAGGAAGUUGGGUUUUUGACCGUUGUAAAAUUGGGAUCUUGUAACGUGGACCCAUCAUUGGUGAUCGCAAUGGUAGAACAUUGGAGAACAGAAACACACACAUUUCAUCUUCCAAUAGGAGAGUGUACAAUAACUCUUGAAGAUGUUGCAUUACAACUUGGUCUACCUAUCAACGGAAGACCAGUAACUGGAGGUGGCGCUUUAGAUUGGGAUGAAGAAUGCCAACAACUUUUGGGUGUCAUUCCUCCAAAAAAUCAAAUGGUGGGCCAAUUCGUCAAACUGAAAUGGUUAAAAGACACAUUUGCUCAUGUUCCGAAUAAUGCAGCAGCUGAGCAACUCUGCACCUACUACGGGACCCACGAUGUGGUGUUGCAGAAGAGCCAACUCAACCAUCACACCGACAAAGACGAGCCAUAUGCCCCAGUUGACGAAGAAAACUCACCUCCACGUCGUCCACGUUGUAUUCGUCGACCACCACGAUGUGGGACUGAACACCAUAUAGGAGAUUAA